AUGGCUUCCAUCAAGACACUCAAGGAGAUUCCUACUCUCACCAGCUUGUACAAGCUCAAACACCUGACACCAGCCGCUUCGACAGUGUCUGGAGCCAGCAGCGCUUACAACGACAGAAUCUGUAUCAUCCGCACCGACAUCACGAAGCUAGAAGUCGACGCCAUCGUCAACGCUGCCAACGAGUCAUUGCUGGGUGGAGGAGGUGUCGACGGCGCCAUUCACCGCGCAGCUGGCAGAGAGCUUUUGCGCGAAUGCGAAACACUUGAUGGUUGCGACACAGGCGACGCCAAGAUCACCAAGGGCUACGAACUGCCAUGCAAGAAGGUCAUCCACACUGUCGGUCCUGUCUACUGGCGAACCAAGAAACAGGGCAGGCACACCAGUCUGUUGCAGUCAUGUUACCGUCGCUCGCUGGACUUGGCUGCAGAGAAUGGCUGCAAGAGCAUCGCGUUCAGUGCGCUGAGCACUGGUGUCUAUGGCUACCCUAGCAACGAGGCAGCUGCCACUGCUAUUGGCGAAGUCAAGAAGUGGCUCGAUACGGAUAGCAAGGCCGACAAGCUUGACCACAUCAUCUUCUGCAACUUCAUGGAGAAGGACCAGGAUGCCUACUACGAGUGGUUGCCGUGA